CUGGCGCAGUCUAAUCUUUUGAAAGGGGUCUCCUGAGGACCCUACGACGUUAAACCAGUGACAAAAAGGUGAUAAAAUUUAACAGCAGUUCUUCAUCUUUCUAAAAGUAAAAUAGCAAGGAUAAAAUAAAAUGCCACUUUUCUUGAGAUAAAAAAGUGCUGUGAUUCACUAUUUAUUACUGAAGUUUAUAGCUGAAGUUUGUCGCGCUCUACCUCUAAAUAAGUGGUAUGAUCUCAAGGGAGUCAUACCAGAUCCAAGGAGAGGGCGCCCUAUCAACCCGCGAAAUUUGAGGAUAGACCGCCCCCCGGCCCCUGGACGCGACCGGGACCCGGAGCCCGCGCGCCUGUCGAUUCGGUACGGUGUGCGAGAUCGAGAAAGGUCGCCCUGCAUAUCAUAUGCAGUGUCACUGUCACUUGUGUCAGGAAGCCAGUCUGACAAAGUCAAGAUGCCACAAGAGUUCCACGUGGUGCGCUGCUAUGCCUGCCUGGUCUUCCAAGUCCAACAAGUGAAGAAGGCCCACAAGUGGGCCUGCAAGAUGUGCGGUGAGAAGCAGUCUCUGAAAAAGGAGUAUGGCAGGGGGUCUGGAGCAGACUGCAGACGACACGUUCAGAAGCUCAAUAUGAUAGCUGGAGGGUCGGGGGGCACAGGUUGUACACCAGACCCAUCUCCGGAGCAGUGCCAAGCCAUUGCCAAUAGCAGCUUUGAUGCAGAUUUUCGAGAUGUUACAGAAAACAGACAGGACUCCCUUGAAAAUACAGAGGUUGAAGCUCCCCUCUCAAAAUGGCAGGCAUUCAUUGAUGAAGAUGGCACUGAUGAGAUCCCAGAAGGGCCCACUCAAGAGGAUCACUCACACCCCAGGCUGGGCAGUGCAGAAAUCACACUGAGCAGGCCCGCUUACCGUGGAAGAGGAGGUAGGCGGCAUGGUGGAUGGAAGAGUGCAAGGAAGAGGAAGAGAGAUGAUCCCGAUCAGGAUAUUGAUGCUGAAUCCGGGACAGCAAGUCUUCAAAACGCAAACUUCUCUUGUCUAGGAUUUCGCCAAACUUGGCCCACAUCUGCAAGCGGGUUCAAGACCACAAGAUUACAAGAUCAAGGGAAUAUUUUCCGAGAUGUAGCCAAUGCUUAGAGCAUCCCAGGGAUUCCACGAAACUUUUGUCAAAUCUUGGUGACCCUGAUGAAGUCCAGACCAAGAAAGCAGGACAGAAAUUUGGGAUGAAUGAAAGCAGGGCUGGCACGGCGCCAAGAAAGACGUCCAAGAAACAGAAUCCAGGAGAAGCUGGGCCCUGUGUCAGCAGCAAGUGGGGACAGGUUCUCCAGGACUGCGAGGACGAAAGUGGUGAUGGAGAGGACACUGUUGACAUCCGAGGACACGGUACCAACCUUGAAGGAGAUGUGUCCUCAGUCCUGACCAGAAAUCAGCAGGAAUUUGAAGGCCGCUAUAAUUCACCAUUACAGUUUAGUUCCACUGAAUUUAAAAAUCAAAGAGAGUCGAAUGUCAAUCCUAUUCAACCAGCGAAGUUUCAAGAGAGUCAUUCAAUGGACAAUAAAUCUGACAGUAUGAGGACUCAGAGUAGAGAUGAAAGUGCACAAAGUAGCAAAAACGGUGGCUGUUCAGCGAUUAGAUUUCAAAAGAACUUGUUCUCAGUGGGAGAUGAAUUCCUUCUGGAUGAGGUCUUUGAAGAAAGCUGGUAGUUGCCCCAAGAGAACACAGCUUUAUCCCAGAAUGAGACCCUUGGGUAGAAAAAGCACCAAGUGAAGCCGUUUCUCUGUGGCCAGGAUUAGGUCCUGGAUACCCACCAGCAAUCAGGUCUGAGUUCUCAGUUCAAUUUCAAAAUGUUUACUUUGAGCUUUUUCAUCAGAUGACGAAAAUAGGGCAUAUCCAGUUUUUUGAAAAGAAUCAAAACAAUGCUGUAGACUGGUGGCAUGACCAUUGGUAGGAAUGGAUAGAACAGGUACCUGGAUGCUGGACACUGCUUUGAACAGCCCAAGAUCAGGGACUGUGUUUCUCAACAGAGGACGAAAAUAGGCU